AUGAAAGAGGAAGAAAAUUGCACUAACGAAAGAUCAGGCCAAGAAAAGGAUGUUUCUCUUAUCGACACAGAUCAAGAGCUCGUUGAUGACGGUCAGCUUCUUGGUCAAGGACAAGUCAGUAUUGACAUAGAUGUCCCUCUUCUUGACACAAAUGAAAGGCAACGAAAUGAAGAGGAACAAAAUGAUGACCAAGAAGUAAAUACCCCUUCAACUGAAGAGAACUCGAAAAAAUGCUGCUCGAAAGAAUGUAAAAUCGUCACAAACAGCAUUUUGUUUUUGUUUGUCAUCGCUUUGCUGGUAUUCAAAUUCGUCUUUGAGUUCAAUCACAAUUCUGAUCCGAUAGGGACUAUUUUCAUUCCGAUUCUUGGAGUUCUUACCCUAGCGAAACUUUUGCAUGACGUAAAAAAUGCCGACUUUACUAAAUUCUGUUGA